AUGGCUUCCAAUAAAGAUUACUUCAUGCAAUUUGUCGUUGCUGAAGGUGGGGAGCGCCGUCGCCCUAAACGUGCGGCCGCAUCUGCGUAUGCUACUCGCUCUGCCGAUGUCUCCGCUCCGUCCCAGCAGGAUAUGGAACGACGGUUCCAGGAAAUGAUUGCUACCACCCGUAAGAACGGAGAAUGGGGUAGCUCCGAGCAUCUCCAGGCAUUCUGUCAGGCCUUCAAGGUCGACUUGAAUGUAUACACUAUGGAUGGUGUUUCAGUGUUCCAGGAUGUCAACGCGCACCCCACUCAACCUCGGGAUGUUUUGCACGUAGCCUUCCAUGACUUCAAACACUACUCUUCCGUGCGGGUUAUUGAGGGCAAGCAUGAAGGACUUCUUACCAAACUGAAGCUUUCCCAGCCUACUGAGGAGGGACUUAACCCCGAAGUCAUUCUAGACUCCAAAUCCGACAUUAAUGGCGAAAAAUUCACUUUACCGGAAGCAAAAGCCGGUGGUGGUUAUACGACUAACGAUGCUGGCCUUGCCGUUGACCUGUAUCCCCCUUGGGAUAUCAAAUCCAUCCAAGAAGGAUUAGGUGGCCGAUAUGACCGGGAGACCAUUGUGGAUAUGCUCCAGAGAUGUCGUGGCGACAUUGACCGCGCCUUUGCCGCGCUAUUGGACGAGAAGACCGACAUCCCAUCUGAUAAGAAAGCUGCUCCUGGAAUUCCUAUCAAACCAAGCUUGCAGGCCUCGCGAUCUUCUUCUCCAUUUAGUACGGGUAGCAAGCGGUCCGCGGAAGAUAGCGACGAUUCUGAAGAUCCUCGUCCCGCACGACGCACCCGACCUAAGAAACGUCUCGUCUCCAAUCUUACCUUGGGUGUUGGCAUCUCAUUCAGGGAUGAACACGAUGAGGUUGUCUCCUUGAAUCUUCGAAUGAACUCCGACGCAGAAGAUGGUCAGGCCACAGACCCCCCUCUCCCGGGUAACACUACCCCGGAAACAUCGGACAUGGACGGAAAGAAAUGUCGUCGUAGUAGACGACUUUCCCGGCCACGUCCACACUGA